AUGUACUCUUUGAAGGCCGUGUUUGGAGUGGACCCGUCCGCUUUCGUGAGGAGCUUGAUCGCACCAGGCACAAACUUAUCCGUCAUUUCUGCGUGCCCGAUGGGCUGUGGCAUUGAUGAAGACAUCGCUGAUUUGGCCGAUAUUUCGGAUUCCGUUUGCGACAUGCACGACUUGCAGACCGGCGCUGCGAAUGACAUUGACGGAAUGCUCAGAGUAGCAAAGAACGCUGGUCGGUGGCAACCCUCGUUAAAAGCACAGCGCUAUCAAGUCACGGAGGCAUCUUUUAAAAUUUACACUUGA